GGCUCGGCGGUAACAACGGCGUUAUAGACAACAUACGUUGGGUUACUUUUGCUUUGAGAUGCAUGCGAGCUGAUCGCUGCCCGUAUUAGCCUUAGCAGCCUGGACGUUGAGUUAAAGCGACGUGCGGAUGGUUCGAGCGGGACGCGGACAUGUCUCGAGCCCGGACACAUGUCCGCGUCCAGCUCGAGCGGGACGCGGAUAUGUCUCGCUCGCGGACACAUGUCGGUGUCCAGCUCGAACGCAUCGCGGACAUGUCUUGCCCGCGCUCGAGACAUGUGUCCGCGUCCCGCUCGAGUGAAGACAAAUGUCUCGAGCGCGGACGUGCGUCCGCGCGUGAGACAUGUGUCUGCGCUCAAGCUGGACGCGGACCGCCGUGGGUCUGCGCCGUGGAGACGCGCAGUAGGUCCGCUAGGCUCGGUCGUUGUCGGAACGGUGUUUACAAGCCGUGCCUAGCGUUACGUAAGUGGCACGUUUAGCGAAAGUGGUGUGUUUGUGUUUCGGUUGUUGACUGUUGUGUACUUUGUUCCCCACCGCCACCUCCGUUGUGUCUGCCGUUUUAGCCCCCCGUCUUUGGUUAGCCAAAACUCCCCCGGCCCGGGCCUCAGUCCGCGGUCUAGAGUUUUGUGGCGGGCCGCCGAAGAGUGACGUCGGACGGGUAGCUUGGUCUGGCCGUGAGGCAACAGUGUGUCCACCAUGGGAGACAGCAGAGAUUCCCGAAGCCCCGACAGUUCGUCCGUCUCCUCCCCCCCGCCGGGCCAGCGGUCGCCGCCCCAGGGCCCGUCCGCGGCCGCCUCCAUGACCUCCCCGCCCCCGGUCCCCUCCCCUGGGGUCAGCAGCCCCAUCAGCAGCAUGGGCUCCCCCUUCUCCGUCAUCAGCUCCUCCCUGGGCUCGCCCUGCCUGCCCGGCACGCCCUCGGUGGGCUACGGCCCCAUCAGCAGCCCCCAGAUCAACUCGACGGUGACCCUGUCCGGGCUUCACGCGGUGAGCAGCUCUGACGACGUGAAGCCGCCGUUCGGCGUGAAGCUGUCCCCCCACAGCCCCGGCCCCAUGCUGGCCCAGAAGCGCCUCUGCGCCAUCUGUGGAGACCGCUCCUCCGGGAAGCACUACGGUGUGUACAGCUGCGAGGGCUGCAAGGGCUUCUUCAAGCGCACGGUGAGGAAGGACCUGAGCUACACCUGCAGGGACAACAAGGAGUGUCUGGUGGACAAGAGGCAGAGGAACCGCUGCCAGUACUGCCGCUACCAGAAGUGCCUGGCCAUGGGCAUGAAGAGAGAGGUGGUCCAAGAUGAACGUCAGAGAUCGGUGCAGGAGGAGCGUCAGAGGAACAAGGAGCGCGAGGGGGAGGUGGAGUCGUCCAGCGGGGUCAACGAGGAGAUGCCCGUGGAGAAGAUCCUGGAGGCCGAGAUGGCGGUGGAGCAGAAGACGGAGCUCCACGCCGACGGCACGUCCGGGGGGAGCUCCCCCAACGACCCGGUCACCAACAUCUGCCAGGCGGCGGACAAGCAGCUGUUCACGCUGGUGGAGUGGGCGAAGAGGGUCCCCCACUUCAGUGAGCUCACCAUGGACGACCAGGUCAUCCUGCUGAGAGCAGGCUGGAACGAGCUGCUGAUUGCGUCCUUCUCCCACCGCUCCAUCGCGGUGAAGGACGGCAUCCUGCUGGCCACCGGCCUCCACGUGCACCGCAACAGCGCGCACAGCGCCGGGGUGGGCGCCAUCUUCGACAGGGAGAGUGUGCACAAUGCAGAGGUUGGGGCCAUAUAUGACAGAGUCCUUACAGAGCUGGUUAGUAAGAUGAGGGACAUGCAGAUGGACAAGACAGAGCUGGGCUGUCUUCGAGCAAUCAUUCUCUUCAACCCAGAUGCCAAGGCUCUGUCGAGCCCCAGCGAGGUGGAGAUGCUGAGAGAGAGAGUGUACGCUUCCCUGGAGUCCUACUGCAAGCAGAAAUACCCCGACCAGCAGGGCAGGUUUGCCAAGCUCCUCCUCCGUCUGCCAGCGCUGCGUUCCAUUGGUCUGAAGUGCCUGGAGCACCUGUUCUUCUUCAAGCUGAUUGGCGACACCCCCAUCGACACCUUCCUCAUGGAGAUGCUGGAGGCCCCGCACCAGCUCCCAUAGACGGGUCGGCCCCGGUCCGGCCCCCUGCCCUUCCACUCCGGGGCUUACAGCCCGCCGGGAGGCCCACAGCGGUCUGUUACUCAGACGGGUGCGGCUCCGCUCCGGUCUCCACCAACACCCGGCUACAGGACAUGCUGUUCUACAAGACCUGGACUCAACACACACACACGGACACACGCACGGUCACACUCACACAGACACACACACGGACACACACACACGGUCACACUCACACAGACACACACACACACAUGGACACACACACACACACCGACACACACAGAUGGACACAAGGACCCACACACAGACGCACACACACGGAAUUACACACAAACACAGUGACGCAGACAUUGUUGUUCUACCUGUAUACAAAUGCCAAAAUUAAGCUCAAUCAUUUGUCUCUGAAAGACCAUAAGCUGUCUUAACACACAUACACACACACGCACACGCACAUUCUUCCAUCCUUGGUUGCCGUGGCAGCAGUACUGUCUCCUCCUGAGAACGCAUCAAGUGUAAACGUCUUAAGUUUAUUUUCUUGGUUCCCACCUAGCUAAUGCUAUUUAGCUUCCACAUUAGCAGCGCUACGCUAACUUGGUUCGCUUCGUUAGCCCGUUAGCAUUAUGCACCAGCAAGCUACAUUUUUAUUUUUAUUUCUUUUUUUGUGUGUACGUUUUUAGUUUCAAACGAAUCACGUGCGUAGCAUUUCAAUUAAGAUGUCUGCCGUCACACAACAUCCGAUUGGUUUCCGAAGGAGGCAAUCGGAGGCCCAGUGUACGGCCCCGCCCCCCUGUGACUUCAUCCAAUCCCGUAAGCAUUUGAAUAUUUUAGUCUUUUUUAUAUAUAUAUAUAUAUAUAUAUAUAUAUAUAUAUAUAUAUAUUUGCAUAGAAACUUGUUAGAGAUUCGUUUUUGAAGUACUGUACUUAUGAGAUGAGCGCUUUUACCACUGCAUUGAAAACAGGGAAAAGUCGGUUGGUGGUGGAGGGGGGCGUCGAGGUUUAACCUCCACCCUCCCGCACCCCCACCCAAAUGCGCGCAGCGGGCUUUGCUAGACUUGAAUCGUUGUUCCUGAGCUCGGGGGGUCGGGGGCUGGACUCGAGCUAAAGACUGACCUGUUGUUUUCUUUGUAAACCCCCCCUCCCCGAUGCCCGGGGUCGUAUGCACUUUCGUGAGUUGUAACUGUGUAAAAAAAAAAUGCUGUUGCUUUCUCUCUUUUGAAUGACCCCCCCCCCCCCCCUGAAUAAUAUGAGGACCCCACCUGUACACAUGGGCCCCCCCCUCACCCCACUUCCCUGGCCACAGCGUUCUACUGCUCAUGCCAUCGGUCGCCGGUGACACUGGUUGGAUUGGGAAUCAGAUAUGAUGACCUCGUCACGGCUCAGAUCAGAGCGGUUCAGAUUAGUGCGGCUCAGUUCAGAACGGCUCAGAUCAUAGCGGUUCAGUUCAGAGCGGUUCAGUUCAGAACGGUUCAGAUCAGAGCGGUUCAGUUCAGAACGGUUCAGAUCAGAGCGGUUCAGUUCAGAGCGGUUCAGAUCAGAGCGGUUCAGUUCAGAGCAGUUCUUUUCAGAGCGGUUCCAUUCAGCGUGACCAAUGUUGCCGUCGACCCCAGCGUUAAAAACAUAAUCCCAUGCGGCACAUGAAUACGAGCCCCGCGCUAAGUCAUCCUAACGUAGUAUUUUACUGGAAACCCCACUUCUGCCCCCCCCCCCCCCCAUGACACUUACUGAGCCCCCCUGCCUGCCGGUGUACAGUGACCCCAUGUUUAUAAAGGCUGUAAAUAAGACAUCAGGCCCAGCUGUGCUGAACAACCGUUCAGCGAACGCUAUGCAGUCCCGCUCGCCCUCAUCCGAAACUCUGUCCCAUCAUCUCAUGGUUCAUCGCUCUGGGCUGAAUUCAUGUCUUCAAAGAUGACAGAUUGCGCCCCCCCCCGGAAGAGGGAGGGCUGUUUGGCUUUAUCCUUUCGGUCGUACUUUGCCAAAUUGUAAAAGUAGGUAGACUGCUAAAAAACACAAAGAACUCAGGCGCAAAAAGAAACGUCUCCCGGGUGACCUCUAACCCGGACUCAAACCAAACCUGAAGGAGGUGGAUGUGGGGAGCCAUCGAAGCUGUGACCCGGCACGGACCUCUGUGAUUGGCUCGUCACAUCGCUACUGCACCCAGGGCCGGCGCUCGGCAUAGGCGACCUGGGCGAUCGCCUAGGGCGGCAAAUGUGUUGGUGGCGUCCAUUAACAUAUACGAAACAAUCUAGGGCACCGAAACGGUCAGCGCCGGCCCUGACUGCCCCUGUCCUCAACUGUGAUUGAACAACGUGGGCAGGUGGAACGCAGCCGCUGAGUUUACAGCCCCGACCCGUCCGACAUGAUGGCCUCCUGGCCACCGUGAGGCUCCGCACCCAGAGAGGAGCUUCUUUUGUCCCCCUGCAGGGCGGCGGUAGAGCUGCCUCCUCCUCUGCCACUCAGUAGCGUGUCCUUUCUCCGCACUCAGCCCUUUUUGAAAGUUCCAGCAACCGCAAACACAACGCAGGGACUUUAUGCAAAACGACACGCGUGCUGGUGAACCGCGCCGUGGUGCGAGGUCCUCCUGGGCUCUGGAACUCUGGCGUUCCCUCCCCCCCUCCUCUCGGUGAGGGGCGGGGCAAGAGGUGUCCGCCCGCGCCUCGAGGCUUGCAGAGUGGGUGUGGUUCAUUAGUCUCCUCCCCCUUGCUGCUCCUGGGCUCCGUCUGACUGCUUCCUGCGGAGACAGGAAGUGAAGCGUCGGCCUCUUCCCCAGUUGUCGGGCAGGUCGUCCCCCUGUGGUUUGAGCACCGCUUUACCCCCCCCCCCCCUGCGCCGUCGGGAUGAGAUCCCGACGGCGCCCCAGCCAGGCAGAGGGGGAGGUGGGAGGGUCCUGUCUGAAGGGCGUCUGGCGGGUGGGGGACCUUCAGGUCCAGGCCGGGUGCUCCUUCAUUCGAUAACAAACGUUCACCAGACUGAGAGACGCUGUCAACAUCAGAUUAAGCACUGCAUGGCGUCAUGGCUGCAUGUUUUCAACUCAAUUACUUUUACAUGUCGUUUUCAUACUUGUUUUUAAAUAACAAAAACAUAAAUCACCGGAAUAAAGUCAAAUCAAGGGUUUGGAAAUGACGAAACAAAGAACUCUUUGUGACGUGACGGACGUUUGAUGCACGCUGAAGCUUUCCCGGGCCUAACGACGACCCCAGGCCUCCGCGUGCUAGGCUAGGCUAGGCUAGGCUAGGCUAGGUGUAUAUAGCAGUGUCCAGCCGACGGGAAGCCCGCUGCACCGAGUGUUGUGAACCGUGGCCCCCAUUGGCUAUGGUCGGUCAUGUGUUAAGAUAACGGUCAUUAAGAUGGCGGUCAUGUGUUAAGAUGGCGGUCAUGUGUUAAGAUGGCGGUGCGUCUGUUAAGAUGGCGGUCAUGUGUUAAGAUGGCGGUGCGUGUGUUAAGAUGGGCGUGAGGCCGGCUGUGUGACCGUGUUGUUGACGCCAUGGGUCUAGGUGCCUGAGGCUGGGUCUAGGUGCUUGAGGCUGAGUAGAUGCUUGAGGCUAAGUGUAGGUGCUUGAGGCUGGGUCUAGGCGCUUGAGACUGGGUCUAGGUGCUGGAGACUGGGUCUAGGUGCUGGAGACUGGGUCUAGGUGAUGGAGGCUGGGUCUAGGGACUUGAGGCUGGGACUAGGUGCUUGAGGCUGGGACUAGGUGCUUGAGGCUUGGUCUAGGUGCUUGAGGCUGGGACUAGGUGCUUGAGGCUGGGUCUAGGUGCUUGAGGCUUGGUCUAGGUGCUUGAGGCUUGGUCUAGGUGCUUGAGGCUUGGUCUAGGUGCUUGAGGCUUGGUCUAGGUGCUUGAGGCUAGGUGCUUGAGGCUGGGUCUAGGUGCUUGAGGUUGGGUGCUUGAGGCUUGGUCUAGGUGCUUGAGGCUGGGUCUAGGUGCUUGAGGCUAGGUGCUUGAGGCUUGGUCUAGGUGCUUAAGGCUUGGUCUAUGUGCUUGAGGCUUGGUCUAGGUGCUUGAGGCUAGGUGCUUGAGGCUUGGUCAAGGUGCUUGAGGCUAGGUGCUUGAGGCUAGGUCUAGGUGCUUGAGGCUGGGUCUGCUUGAGACUAGUCCACACAGCCAGCAGUGUUCUUUGAUGGGAGGGGUGAGAAAGAGAGAGAGGUGGGUGGGUGGGUGGGUGGGGUAGAGAUGGAGCGAGAGGUGGGUGGAGUAGAGAUGAAUGGAGAGUCGGGUCAAGAAGGUUGAUUUUUCCGAGCAUUUAUUUCUCGCAGAUGACUAAUCAUUUCCAGAAAGAGGGAUGAGUGUGGCGAGAGUUUAGACUUUCUGGAUCACUUCCCCUGAAACCAUGCCCUAAACUGAGGAUUCUCACUGCUUGGUUCUGUGGAACCGUCGGCUCAGGAGAGGCCGGAGAGACAGGAGGUUCUCCUCCUCCUCCUCCUCCUUCCCCCGGGGGUGAAGGCCAGAGACUCAAGGCUCUCCUCCGCCGCCUCCUCUUCCUCCUCCCAAGCGGGUGGAGCCGAGGCCAGAGACUGCAGGUUCUCCUCCUCCUCCUCCUCCUCCUCCUCCUCCUCCGAUGGGAUCGGACCCUUUCUUUGUGUUCUGUUCUGAGGUCUUCUUGUUUUGUUUGUCUGUCCUGUCUGAGUAAAAGUUGUAAUACUGUAAA